UCGGAAUCCAAGAGCGCCAGUACGGACCAGGGAAGUAGUAGUAAGGAGGAAAGCGAUGCCACCAGCGAUUACGAAUCGACAAGUGAGUACGAAAACCUUAUCCCAAAGGCACAUUUGCGUCUCCUUGAGCAUCGCUUGGACUUGGAUGAACUCAAUGAGAUUUCGACCACCCCGCUUUUCACGGAGCCAGUCCGCAAGUACGCCAACGCAAUCGCCAAAACUGCCGGUGGUCAGAAACCGUUCACUCAAUACGGCCUGCUUGGUGGAGAUAUUGGCUCCCUUGAAUCAGAGGAGCCAGCCAACCGGGAUCCGCGCGUGUUCUGGAAUAUCGCAGCGCCUUCCAGCUUCUUCAUUUGUGGCAGUCAAGGCUCCGGCAAGAGCCACACGCUCUCCUGUCUGCUAGAGAAUGCGAUGACGCCAUGCGAGGCAAACGUUCUUCCGCAUCCACUGACUGGAAUUGUGUUCCAUUAUGACACUUUCAUAUCCGACACCGGUGGAUCCCCCUGCGAAGUGGCCUGGUUGUCUUCUAAUCCAAAGAUCCAGGUACGCGUGCUAUGCCCACCGACAAAUAUCCGGACAAUGCGCAAGCUAUACAGCAGAUUCCCCAACGUCAUGAUCGAGGAGCUUCGCCUCAACCAGUCGGAUCUGGACACCAGGCGUAUGCUUGACCUGAUGGCAGUCAGCUCCGGUACCUCCAUGCCGCUGUACCUCCAUGUACUCAACCGUGUGCUACGUGAUUUGCGCAUCGAGCAGCAAGAAAGGGGCGGCUCCUUUGACUAUACCGCCUUUAAGCAGAAUAUGUUUCGUCAAGAGCUUACGGAUCAACAGCUCGCUCCUCUAAAACAGCGGCUUGACACUCUGGAAAGCUUUAUGGUUGAGCAACAUGCCAAGGCAUACGAACAUGGCCGUGAACCAAAAUCCAGCAAAUCGACCAGGGCAAGCAGAGGCAACGACUGGACCCCUCGUCCUGAUGGCCUGUUCAUUGUUAACAUUUGCUUGUCUCUCUUUCUUGAACAGGACUGCAACAGCAUUGGGCGUGUUAUUGCGCUUGAUGAGGCUCACAAAUACAUGAGCUCGGACACUGGUUCGGCUGAGUGUCGUACCUUAACAGACCGUCUGCUUGAGACCAUCCGCCUCCAGCGUCAUCUUGGAGCUCGAGUCAUCAUCUCUACCCAGGAGCCCACCAUCUCACCAAAACUCCUCGAUCUAUGCAGCGUCACAAUCGUGCAUCGGUUUACUAGUCCCGACUGGUUGAGGGCCCUGUCUAAACACUUGGCGGGUGUGAGCAAGGGCGGGAGGAUGUUGGAAAAGGCUUUGGCGAUAAACCAGAACAUGGCUGAUGAUGUGUGCAUCGAAAAUGAUGGCGUUAACUCGUUGGCUCUGGACUAUAGCGAUCCUGCCAUGGAGCUUUUCUCCAGAAUUGUAGCUUUGAGAGUUGGUGAAGCAUUGGUAUUUGCACCGAGUGCAAUUAUAGGAGUGCAGAAGGCCAUCCCUCGACCUCCGUCUACAUCGACACCUGCACCCAAGCCUCGGCUGGCCCACGGCGUGCUCAAAGUGCGUAUCCGCAAUAGGACUACCGCCGAUGGAGGCCGGAGCAUUAUGGCU